UUCAUUUUUCAAAAGGUUGGCAGAAGCUUUUCCAAAAUACUGACCUCAAAAAUGUCAAAUAACGAGGAAAUGUUGAAAGAGAAGCCUGAAAGCUUGAGAGAAUUAGCACACUGCACAACCCUCCAUGGCGUUCGUUUUCUCGCCGAGAAGAAUGUUUUCAGGAGGAUAUUUUGGGCUGCUUGUCUGCUGGGAGCCACCAGCUUCUGUGUGUUACAAGUGAAGGAGGCGGUGGAAUACUUUCGAUCAAGACCUUUUUCGACCGUUAUCACGAUCAAAAAAGAAACCAAAAUUAGCUUUCCAGAAGUUACUAUCUGUAACAUGAAUAGCAUUCACACAGGCAAGUAUUCACGACAGGUGAAGCGACUUUUCCCGAACACGACUGAUCGAGAAAUCGAGGACGAUAUUUCUUACAUGUCAAGGUCAUUUAGAGUUAAUUUCGACUCUACGAUUAAGACAGGCAACGUUAGCCAACUCAAUAGAAUAAGAGUUAUGUUAAGGAACUUGACAAGCAUUUCUUAUGGCAUUGAUGACAUCCUUCUACCAAAGGAACUGCUUUCUUGCACAUGGGCUGGAAAAACUUGUGGAGCUCAAAAUUUUAAGGCUUUUUAUGAUUCAAAAUCUUUUCAGUGUUUUACAUUCCAGCCAUCGGAAUCAGAGGUGGGUAUGGCUGGAAUUUCUCAAGGUCUUCAGUUAAAAAUGAACGUUGGAACAGACUGGUAUUUGCCAAAUUCUUACGAGCCGUUUGUAGGGCAGAAAGUCGUUGUCCAUCCAAGUGGGGAAUAUCCGCAACUCGACCCCUACGCGCUUUUAAUCGCGCCUGGUAUACAUACAUCGUGUGCUGUUCGCCGUAUACAGUUCAUCAAUCUAGGCACACCAUACCAGACCAACUGUGGUGAAGAGGAAUUGAAGUAUGUAAACAGAGGAAAAUAUUCUUACAGCCGUGUGGUUUGCAUUGAAGACUGUUUUUACAAGAUACUUGUGGACCGCUGCCAUUGUAAAACCAUAGAAAUGUCAGGUGACCUACCAUUGUGUUUAGACGAUGUACAAACUAACUGUAUUUUGGCACUUGCCGAAAACAUGACAAAAGUGGAUUCGUAUCUAAAGUGCGUGAACAGUUGUAGAGAAUCUUGUAAAAAUAGCUUGUACAAAACGAAACUAUCUACAGCUAAACUGAAUUCAAAAACUAUGGCAAACGAUUUGGAUGACAUCUGCAAGCUAAAGAACCAAAGACUGAGUGUUUGUGAAGAGAUACAAAACAAAUCCCACAUGGAAAAGAUUCAGUUCGUCAGGUAA